AUGAAGGUCUUGGCUGUCCUUGGAGGCUGGGCUUGGGCAGCCCUCUGCCUGGCUUCCUGCUCAGCUGCAUUUUCCCAUGGUGCCGGCUCAGGGGCCUGUGAGGACCUGCAGCCCAAACACAUUCAAGCCCAGCCUCAAGACCCAUGGACCCACCACGUCACCAUUCACACUGGUAGAUCUUCCUACUCACCGGGUGACACGGUUCCAGUGACUGUGAGGAGCAGUCGAGAUUUCAUGGGAUUUCUACUUCAGGCUCGAAGAGUGUUGGAUCACCAAAUAGCUGGCACUUUUGUUUUCAUGCCUCCUCAUUCCAAAGCAAUGGCUUGUUCUCAAGAGGCUGACACAGUCACCCACUCUGACAAGUCCCGGAAGAGAAACCUGUCCUUCGAGUGGAAGGCCCCUGCCCAGCCUGUGGGGGACAUCACAUUCCUUCUUUCAGUUGUCCAGUCAUAUUUCGUUUACUGGGAGAGGAUCGAAUCAUCUGUUGUGUCUCAACAGAUACACCUCGGAGUCCACACUGACCGUCGCGAGCAGCCCAGCUCACCCAUGCCAAACUCUGGCCAGAGUCGGGAGGCAACCGAGAGCUCCAUGCCAGCUUCCAGACCCCCCAGCGCUCUUCCUCAGCAACGUGCAAACAUCUUUGCUGUUGCUCCAACUGGAGCUGCAGAGGAUAACAGCUUAGAUCCCUUUCCUGCAAGUUUUUGGGUGACAGAGUUUCCUGGGGGUGUGGAGACUCUGUUCCAGUCAUCUUCACACACAGCUACUGCUGUCAGCAAUGGCCAGCAACCCAGAGGGGACAUCAACAGAAUCCUUGAGCCAUCCCUGGAUAUCCAUGGGAUGGAGAGACUCAUGGCUCUCAGGAGAUUCUUCUCAGAGGGCAUUGCUUCCAGCCCUAGCGCGCACCUCAGGACUCAGGAUGAUCCAAGCUUUGAUUCAUUGGAAACUUGCCUACCCUCAUAUAGGGAUGAACAGGACAAAAUGGAGUCCUCUAAUAGGACCGUGAUGAGGCCCCCUCUGUCUACUGCCCAUUUUACCUAUCCUCAGCACCUCUGGUUGUCUGAAGCACUUACUGACAAUGGGGCUGGGGCAGCUACCCCAACCCCUGUUUUCCCCCCAUCUGCCACUUCCAGGUCACCUGCUGCUGGAACCCAGUUAGAAACAUGGAGGCCUUCUCCCAGCUUCUUAACUCAGCCAAAGCGCAAGGAGCCCAGAGUAGGGGAGGAACAUGGUGGGAACAGAGUGGGAUACCCCAGGAAGACCAACCCAAGGCCUGAGGUUGGGCAAGAAGGAGCCAGUGCCCCUUCAGGGAUCCAGCUCAGGACUCCCCAGCUGGGAAUCCUGCUUUGCCUUUCUGCCACCUUGGGCAUGGCCCUGGCUGCUGGCCUCCGCUGCCUACACUACCAGUAUUGCCACAAACGGACAGAAGUGUCCUUCAGUGAGCCUGCGGGGGAUGCUGUUGCCAGGAGCGACGGUGGUGAGACAGUGCAUGUCAGGAAGAUCAGAGAGAACAGUUUUGUUUUGGUUGAAGCGGACUACAACUGGACCACGUCCUCUGUGGGUAGCGAGAAAACAGUGCUCUGAGCAGACCAUCGUCCUAGGCCUCUGAGUGGCCCUCCUCAGACCCUGCAGUGUCUCAGCCAGAACAGAGCUAAUGAGAAUAGCUGAUGAGGACAGGGAUUCGCUGUGCCCCCCACUCAGUGAGCAGUUAGUGGAGGAAGCUGGGAAAGGACAGUUUUAUCAACAGAGGGAGUUCUUCCCGAGCUUUGUUGUCUUAACAUCUGUAAUUUAGCUGCUUUUUUUCUAUUCACAAUUAGACGUUCUGUUUGAAGAGUUAAACUCAACACAAUGAAUAUUGUAUAACCUGCUCAUUAACUAGACUCCUGUGGCCACCAAGCUUCCUCUGUUGCCUUAAGGAACCUGCAGAAAUAGAAAUUUUGUCCCUCCUCAGUAUGUCAGCAUCAUCCCUUCUAACUCUUUGAAAAAAAGUAACGUUGAGGUUGUGUCUCUUACAAGAAAAAGAGCUGGAGCCUCAGUUUACCUCUCCAAACCGCCCCCAGAAGAAGUUUCAUUUUUAAAACUAGCCUUCAACACUGACUAGGUGAGUGCAAGGGUAUUCAGUCUACUUCGAAACUAGGAAGCCUGGCAAAUCCGCCUCGGAAAUUAAUCUGAAGCAAGAGAGUUUUCGAGAGCUUGAUGGAGCACAUCUGUGGGGGAACGCGUAUGUGCCGCAUAAACACCAGAGUGGGGUAAGCAAGCUUCUUCAUCAGGUGCAAAUGGAUCUGGGACUUCCUAUCCAUUUACACUUGAUGGGAGGCUUGUGAAUCCUAACAGCCAGCACACAUACUGCCUUUUGCCAAAGGUUAGGCUGGGAAAAAUCAUGAUGCCACACAGUCUGAAAAAGAGCCUUUACUCAUCUUUUCAGGGAGAAAAGGAAGACCACAUGUGAACAAAGACCAGAUCUUUCUACUGUCAUGAUUUAUGAAGAUCACUUUGACUUAGCCAAGUGUCCCAUAGAUGUUAUGUGAGGCCAAGACAACAGGUGUGAAUAGACCUUUUGAAUAUGUUCAUCUAAUAUGACACAUAGAAAUUGGCUGUCUUUUCAGAGGUAAACCUGUUACAGAAUCACAAAACAUUUUAAUGUGGAAACGAAAAACCACUAUAAAUUUGGAAAGGGUGUUUAUUUAUCAAGUACCUAACUUACACGGGUACUGUGCUAAAAACUUUGUGUACAUUUUCACAUUUAACUCUCACAAUAACUUAAUGCAGAAUAAGUUCCAUAAUUUGUUCAAGAGAGAGGGGCAUUUAUAACAUCUCAAUUCAACCACAAAAACAUUUUUUUUUUUUAAACUGGGUGUAUGGGGAAAGAGAUAAAUCCUGCUGUUUUUCCAGCCUCUUUUAGCUCAUAGGGCACUAAUUCCAAGACUGUUUCCUCCUGGAUCUGUCCCCUGGCUUCUGUCAAGUGCCUCAUUAGGAACAUGGAGACCUAGGUAAUUGUGUGUUCUCACAAUUAAGUGUAAGUGUUCUAGGAAUGUAAGUGUUCUCGGAAUACUGUGGAAAUAAGUGAAUGUACUAUACUCCACCAGCAGCCAGAGCUAUCCCUUCUACAUAUUCCUCCCUUCCUCAAUGAUCUCUUCCAUGAGAUGCAGCUGCCAAUAGAGAGUCCUGCUCUGGCCAACAAUAAAAAAAUUACUUCACAAUUGCCUGUGAAAUAAAUCACCCCCAACUCAGUCAUUUAAAACAGCCCCUAGCACCACCAUUCAUCGUCUUUCACAGUUUUGGGGUUGCCUGGGCUUGGCUGGGCAGUUCUUCUGCUCUAUGUUCUGUUCAGUGGGCUGGAACACCCGAGCCGACUUGCUCGCGUGACUGGCAGUUGGUGCUGGCUGCUGACUGGGGCUCAGCCAGGCCCCAUGAGCGUGGGCAGAAAUUUCUUCCUUCUCUUCAUGGCUUCUUAUAGCACCGUUCCCAGAGGGGUGUUCCAAGCAGAAAAAAAAACCAGAAGUUGAGAGUGGGGGGAGCUUUUCAGGCCUACCCUUGGAAGUAACAUGGUUUCACUUCUGCCACUUCCCAGUGGUUACAGGAAGUCAAGAGCUAGCCUCCUUCUUCAAAGGAAGGGCAGUGGAUUUGGCUUUCGGAUGGGCGAAGUGGCAAAGGAUUUGAAGCUCUCUUUAAUUCUCCACCUCUCUAGUUAGACUGCUGGCCUUUCAUGGGGCUUCUCUGAGUGUAAAAGGAGGGGCUGUUCAUCCCCAGGAGGAGCCCUGGGUCACCUUCCCCGCAAAGCAUCGAAGGGGGUGAGGGAAAUCUCAGGGUCAGGCAUUUCCUCUUUGUUAGCUCCCUGGGGCAAAAUAGUGAAGUGUGGCGGAAGAGUAAGCCAGACCUCUGAGUCUCUGCUUCCUCAUCAGAGAAAACAGAAUUCUUUACCGCUUUCAGUUGUCGGGAAGAGUAAACGCACGUUCAACCUUUAGCCAGCUAUGACUAACUACUUAAUGUCCCCUUGCAGCUGCAACACUAUCUUUAAAUCUAGUCCCUUUAGAGAAACUCUGUGACCACCCAAAAUGUUAUUCCCUUUCCAUGACAGCUUCUCUCCUGUGGCCCCCCUCUCCUGCCCAGCAAAUGGAGGUGGUCCCCGCACGAGUUGUCAUGGUCGCCACUGGCUACAACUCCUGCUGGGGGUCAGACAUUUUUGCGGAGACAUUCUGAAGAAACUCUUCUUCAGCAGGGGCAGUGGAGUCCAUAGACCUGCCUUCAGGAGACAUAAAACCCCUCUGUUACUGUGAACUUGAAGGUCCUCUAAGCCUGGCUUCAGAGAAGCCCCAGAGGGGAGCCAGUAGGAAGUGUUAACCUCAAGGCAUUUACUAAAGCACAAAGCCAUUACAAGUUUAAAAAAAAAAAAAAAGGCAAAGGAUUCAAAUGCAACAUCUUAACAUAGCUUUUUUGUUUUGUAGGAACAGCUACAGAACUGCUCUAUAAGCCAUUUCUUCCAGAAGGGGGUUUAGGCUAAAUAGACAUUUAAGGGAAAAGAACAGAAAAACAAUUGCUGAAAACUAUAUUUUCAAAACUCUUUGUAUUUCAAACAAAUUGAUUGUGUUAAUAACCGCAGAUCCACAGUAGGGGUGAGCCUCAACCUUUAUAUGUUGGGAGGCUAUCUCUGAUUUUUCUCAUUGAUUUCUCCCCUUGGAUACAACACUUUUGCUAACUCGCAACUUAAUGCUCGACUAUAGUCUGACUGAGUUAUCCCACUGUUGAGGCUGUCUGGAUUUUAAUUUGCUGUGACAAUGUUUGU